AUGCCACCGCGCAAGUCAGCCGCAUCGACGGCGGCAGCGCCUACCUCACCCACCCCGAACGGCGAUGGAGACACGACCAUGAUGUCGACCGCGUCUGUCGCGGCAGCAGAACCAAAGUCACCUACAACCAAGACCUCUGGGUCAAAACAACAAGACGAGUCCUCUGUCGGCAUAGAAGACCUAACGCUCCAGCGCGCCGCAAUCUCACGCCUCGCCCGCGGCGUCCUCCCACCCAACACGUCUCUCCAAAAAGACGCUAUCCACGCCAUCGCCAAAUCCGCCACCGUCUUCAUCUCCUACCUCGCUUCGCACGCCAACGAGCAGCGCCCAUCCGCGAAGACAAUCACGCCAGGGGAUGUGUUGAAUGCGCUACGGGAGAUCGAGUUGGCGGGGGUGAUGGAGGUCGGGAAGGUUGAUGCGGUGACGGGUCAGAAUUCGGGGAGGUUGGAGAGGGAGAUGGCGGUAUAUGAGGAGAUGGUGAGGGGGAAGAGGAAGGGGUAUAGGGACAAGGUUAAAGCGAGGGAGAGUGCUGGCGGUCCGGGCGCGGGAGACACAACAAUUGAAGGGGAGGAGAAUCUGGAAAGAGGGGAGCCGGAGGCGAAGAAGUUGCGGCGGGGCAGUGGCGAUGAGGAGAUGGAGGAGACAGUGGAAGGUGGGGAAGAUGAGGAUGCUCUGCUGGACGCGCAGCUCAACGGGACAAAUUUGGAAGAGGAAGAACCUGAAGAGGUACCAGAAGAGGAAGAGGAAGAAGACGCGGCCGAUGAAGAAGGCGAGGAUGAGGACGAGGACGAAGAGGCUCUCGAGGAAGAGGCAGAAGAUGACACGAUGGAUCGCGUCGACAUCGACGAGCCCGCUUCCGGUCGGAGGGUCAGUUCGCGGAGUACCAAGGGACGGCAUUCUUUGCUUUCGCCUAACGGGAAGCUGGAUUUUGAGAGUGAUGACAGCGACUGA